GAAAAAUUGAUGUUUCUAUGGAAGUAAAGCUAUCUGAAAACGGAAUCUCGAAAAAGUUGAUAAUGCCAUUGGAAUUAAAAACUUCUAGAAAUGUGUCAUCUUCGCAUUUUGCGCAGACUGUCUUCUACUGCCUCUUGAUGGGCGAUCAAUAUAAUAUUGACAUAGGAUCAGGCAUACUAUAUUAUCUAAAAUCCCAAGAUGAAGAAACUGGAAAGAUGCUUAAAGUCCCUGUUGUUCCUCAUGAACUGAGAAGUUUGAUAAUUCAACGCAAUAAGAUGGCUUGGUUUGCGUCUGACGUUCAAUUUUCAUCAUUGCCGCCAAUGAUUGACAACAAAUUUCAAUGCGGCAAAUGCAUCUCGAAUACUUCAUGCUUUCUCUAUAAUAAGGCCAUUGAGAAGGGAACAGGGAAAGGUAGUAUAGGAGAUCUAUUUGAUCAUGUUGUCUCACAUUUGCAAGAGCAUCAUCUUGAUUUCUUCCGGAAAUGGGACGAACUCAUCACUUUGGAGGAAGAAGAUUUGUACCGAUUUCAACCCGAAAUUUGGAAUAUGUUGACCACUAAGUGUGAUGAUGAUUUAUGCCUCAAUAACAUGUAUUUGGAUUCGAAAAGUAUUGAAGCUAUUCCUAAUGGAGAAGGAAACAAGCGUUUUAAAUGCAAAUUCUCGCGUCAAAUGGGUAGAAUGAACUUCGUGCUGGACACUCAAUUCUGCGUUGGAGAUCACGUAAUCGUAUCAUCAGAACGGGCACAUCGUACAGUAGCGAGUGGGUUUAUUGAAAACAUCGCACCGAAUCAUAUCUGGUUAACUUUAGAUCGGACACCUCGCAGCGGUCCAAAAAGUAGGACAGACUUCGAAAUUGAAUCCUGUCACGGUUUCGCAGGAUUGUCAGAAAAUGAAUCACUUAGCAGCUACCUAGAAAUUGAUAUUCAUGAAACACUGUAUCGAAUUGACAAGGAUGAGUUGGCCUCCAACAUGAGACUUGUGCGACAAAAUCUUGUGAGCCUUCUUGUUGAUGAAGAAACUGCGAGACUUAGAAAAUUAGUUGUUGACUUCGUACCACCAGUAUUUAAUCACGCAAAUGAAAUAAUGUCGGAUUAUGAAGAUAUGAAAAAUCUAAAUGAAGAUCAGAGAAAGGCGGUCAAGCUCGCAUUAGACGCCGAAGAUUACGCAAUAAUUUUAGGGAUGCCAGGAACCGGAAAAUCGACCACCAUAGUUCAAAUCAUCAAGACUCUUGUAAGAAACGGAAAAUCUGUGUUACUUGCAGCUUAUACACAUUCGGCUGUAGAUAGCAUCCUUUCGAAGUUAGUUAUUGAAGGUAUAGAUGUGUUAAGGCUUGGUACAAAGGCCAAGGUUCAACCCGAUAUAUGGCCGUUCCUGCUAGAUGUAGAAAAAUUUGAUAGUGUGAAUUCAUUCCGGUCGUUUAUCGAAUCAAAACAGGUGAUUGCAACUACAUGCCUUGGAAUAAAUCAAUUUGAUUAUUGCAUUAUAGAUGAAGCGACACAAGUGACACUCCCGAUUUGUGUGGGUCCACUUCGAUUUGCUAACAGAUUUCUCCUGGUCGGUGAUGACUUUCAGUUACCACCGUUGGUGCGUAACCGUGAGGCGAUAGAAAAGGGGAUGAGCAAAAGUCUAUUUACAAAUUUGACGGAGAGACACACCCGGGCGUUUACUAAACUACGAUAUCAAUAUCGAAUGAACGAAGACAUUAUGAACUUAUCCAAUUGUCUUAUUUACGAUUACAAAAUGAUAUGCGGCACUCCGACUAGCUCUAGUCGUCAUCUGUCAAUUCCUAAGUGGGAUGAUGACUUUUUAUCGCGAUUUCAUAAAGAUCAAGAAAAUCAUUGCAAUAUGGAAUGUUGGCUCAGAAUAGUUCUCGAUCCCAAGAAACCAGUAAUAAUGGUUGAUACUGAUAAUCUUGAAGCCAAUGAAUCUCGUGGACUGAAUCAAAAUAUCAUGGAGGCAUCCCUUGUCGAGCAAUGUGUCAAGGCCAUGGUAGUUGGGGGUGUACAUCAGAAAGAAAUUGGCAUCAUUACCCCAUUUCGUCAUCAAAUCAAACUUUUAACACAGAAAUUUAAGGACAUGACUGAUAUUGAGAUAAGCACGGUCGAUCGAUUUCAGGGUAGAGAAAAAGAAGUUAUAGUGAUAUCAUUAGUAAAAGCGAAUACCGAUUAUAAAGUUAGUGAUAUCCUGAAAGACUACCGUAGGUUGAAUGUCGCGAUAACUCGUGCAAGAUCAAAAUUAAUCAUUUUUGGUAGUAAGUCAACGGUUUCCGCUUCCGAAUUAAUGCGUCAUAUAAUAGAACACAUAGAAGUUGCGCAAAUGGUGUAUAAACUUAAGGAUAAGAAUGCCCCCUAUUGGCACGUCAUCCCCAAGAUCGAUGCAUCUUCAGGAAUUAUUGAGAAUAUACCUAAAGUAGAUAAACUGCCAAAGCAACAUACUAACUUAGGAGUCCCUGAAAUAUUACUUAGAAACAAUCAAUUAUUGCGCGGUAUUACGAUCGAUUUGAAUCCGACCUAA